UGCCGGGACCCUGUAUCCACUGCAAAUAUUUAAGGAAGCUGAUUCAGAAUCAGAAAUAGAGGAGAAAACGGCCGCGUGUGGCAAUCAGUCGGCUAAAAAACACGCGAACACACGUCGCCGCUUGCAAGCCACACAAAAAAAGCUUUGCAACACGACCAAGUUGCUUGAAGCUAUGAGGCAGGCAAAUGAGAAAAUGGGGGAUGACGUGCUCAGUGAUCGCAUCAAGGCAUUGCCUCCUAAACAACAAAUAGCCAUUAGGACCUGCUUCAAAGCAGCAGGAAGAAGGUCAACAUCUGGCAUGCGUUAUGAGAAUGAAUGGAUUCUUGAAUGUGUCCUCUUACGUAUGAGAAGCCCUAAACUUUAUGAACAACUGCGAAAGCACAAGAUCCUGAUUUUGCCCGGUCGAACCUGUCUGCAGCGCUAUGUUCAAAAGUUUAAAAGUGGCUUUGGCUUCAGUGAAAAUGUAUUCAAAGCUAUCACCGUGAAAACUGAGGAUAUGGACAUGAAUGCACGGCACGGCGGUAUAGUCUUUGAUGAGAUGAAGUUGAGCGAGCACUUCAGCGUCAACGCUGCAGGUGCAGUACAAGGUUUCGUGGACCUCGGGAAAUAUACGCCUGAAGAAGAUAAAACUGUUCCAGCCGAUCAUGGAAUGGUGAUUCUCUUGCAACCAUUUCAAGGUGACUGAACCCAAAUACUUGGUGUGUUUGCAUCAAGAGGCAACAUCAAGGCUGAAAUGCUGACAAAGCUUUUGCUGGAAGCAAUACUGCUAGCAGAACGGGCUGGACUGUUUGUUGACUUUUUGACUUGCGACGGUGCUUCAUGGAACCGUAGCAUGUGGAGAUCAUUUGGAAUUGGUGCAUCCUCAAGCCAUGUCAUAUUCAAGACGAGACAUCCUGUAGACUCCACAAGAGAGCUCCACUUCUGCUCGGACUUUCCACAUCUAGUGAAGUGUGUUCGAAACGCGUUUGUAGCCACUGGUUUCACAACUCCAGAUGGUCGUGCAUGUGUACAGCACAUACAACUAUCACGGGAAAAGGACAAAAGCCCUUUGACGUUGAAAGCAAUGCCACAUAUAACCAGUGCACACAUCAGACCCAACUCUUUCGAAAAAAUGAAGGUAAACUUAGCCUUCACACUCUUUAGCGAAGAAGUCAUAAAAGGUCUCUUUAUAUUGAAAAUGCACUUAAAACACUCUUCUGAUUCAAUUACACCGACAGAAAAGCUUGUGAAGCGCAUGAGUGGCCUCAUAUCCCUACUCACAUCAAGAGUUCCAUGCAGUGGACUGAGGCCGUCAUCUCAGGGUGUUGCUGACCUUGAGGCAUUUCUUGACUUUCUUAAUGAAUGGGAACAUGUAGCAAAGAGUGCUGGAGGCGGCUUUAUCAGCAAGAGUACUGCUGAAGGACUGCGCGUUACGAUUCGCAGCAUACUUUCACUUUUGAGAUACCUGGCAUCUUUAGGUUUCAAAUACCUACUUACGUCAAGGUUAAGUCAGGACAAGUUGGAAAAUCUCUUCGGUAUUAUCCGACAGUACUCGGGCACAAAUGACCACCCAAGCGCGGCACAGUUUCUCGUAACUGUCAAUUGCCUCAGCUUCUAUAACCUUGCCCGUCCGCCUAAGUCAGGAAACAGUCCAGCCCAGCUUGUUAAUGCCCUGCUUAGCUCUCCAACAGCUGACAAUAACUAUACUUUUAGCAUGCAGCACAUAAUUGAAGACAUGCUAGAGGUUGGUAACGUUGAUGAUGCUGGCUCUGUGAUUCAGCUGUGCCUCAAUUCAGACCACAACAGUUAUGUGGUUGAGACAAGUGACAGUCGGCUUGUCUUUUACAUGGCAGGAUAUGUGGCUAGAAAGUUUUGUGGCAAAAUUUCAUGCCAAUCUUGUGCUUCUGGCCUCACAGUCACCAGAGAAGCAGCUGAAUGCAAUCCAGACAGCGUGUUCACGCAAAAAUUUGACAGGGGAGACCUAUUGUACCCUGGAGAUGAGUUAGCCACGCUCAUUAAAGUGCUAGAGGACGCAUUCACUUUCUUUUUUUCAACUGAGAAGCUUUAUGCUUUCAGUAUGCAUGAUUUUGUGCAGUUCUUGAGCACUUUAGCACUCCGCCAAGUGGGAUGCGAGCUCCAUUGCAAAGAGCUCACUGCAAAAAUUAUCCAGUUUGUGGUGCUAACUAGGCUGCACUUUUUCACGAAAUCUUUAAACAAGGACAAGGCUCUACAAAGGGAGCGCCAGAAACAUUUGAAGUUAAGGCGAGUCAAGUAGAGCCUACUGUUAAGCUUGGUCUGAUGUGUGCAUGUGGAUUACUGUACUAUAUAAUAAAGUGUUUUCUCUCGUCUUGUGGACCUGUGCAACAAAA